AUGUCGAAGACACUCCUCAUCACCGGCGCCACUGGCAAGCAGGGCGGUGCAGUCAUCAAGGCCCUCCUCGCAGCAGACGCUGACUUCAACAUCCUUGCCGUGACCCGUGACACUUCCUCCGAAUCCGCCAAGGCUCUCGAGAAGCAGUCCCCCAAGGUCAAGACCAUCCAAGGCAAUCUGAAUGACCCUAAGGCCAUCUUCGACACCGCCGGCUCGCCUAUCUGGGGCGUUUUCAGCGUCCAAGUCCCCCACGCUGCCGAUCAGACGUCGGAUCCGGAAGAGGUCCAAGGCAAGGCCCUCGUCGACGCCGCGCUAGCUUACGGUGUCAAGCACUUCGUCUACACCUCCGUCGACCGGGGCACCUCUCGGCCCAACAUCCCGACCAACGUCCCACACUUCGCCAGCAAGCACCACAUUGAGGAGCAUUUACUGGCCAAGGCUGAGGACAAGAUGACCUGGACCGUCAUCCAACCCGUUGCAUUCUUGGAUAACUUCAGCGGCUACACUCUGCAGUUCGCGGCGGCCUUCGCUGCCAUGUGGAAGAGUUACUUAGGCGAGGAGAAGAAGCUCCAGGUCAUCGCGAGCUCCGACAUCGGCAAGGUCGCCGGCCGUUCCUUCAUCCAGCCUGAGAAGUACGCCGGCAGGAAGAUUCCGCUGGCCGGUGACGACCUCAGCUACGGUGACGUUAAGCGCAUCUUUAGCGAGAAGACCGGCAAGGAAAUCCCAGAGGCACCCGAGCAGGUUGGAAGGGGCUUCGUGGAGAGCAGCGCCGACUUGAAGGCGAUGUGGGUCUGGUUCGGUACUAAUGGUUUUGGAGCUGAUAUCCCGGCGCUGAGGACGGAGUUCCCUGACCUUUUGGACUACGGCAAUUGGCUAGUGAAGGAGGGCGGUUACAAUGCCUAG